AAAGGAGUGAAAAAAUUCAUUCAUUAGAAUUUUUUGUUUUAUAUAUUUUCUUCUUAUUUUUUAUCUGGAACAGCAAAAGAAAUAAAAAUAUUAACAAAAUUACAGUAAACAUAAAUAGCUAACGUGAAAAUAUAUAAAAACAAAUAAAAAUCGACGGGUAUUUGUGAAAAUAUAAAUGAAACGCAAUUAAUAAUUCUUUUUUUAACCAAUUAUAAUUUUUGUUUUUGCAGUCUAGAAAUUCAAAAUCUCACGCCCCAAAUUCGACCAUCCCACAAAUGACCUGAAACAAAUGAAUUUCUCAACUCCAUGUUAUUAAAUAACAAAAAAAAGUAAACAAAAAGAAUAAAUAAAUAAAAAAAAAAAACAAAUUUUAGUCUAGGAAAAACGAAACAAAAAUGUUAGAAACACCACUGAAUGAGGUCGACAACUAUGGCGGUAGCCGUACAUUUACCUGGUUGGCAGAUCUAUCCGGUCUAUCAAUUGAUGUGGUAAAUUUUAUAAUAUGCCAAAUAUCCGCAAUCUUCCUAGCAUCACUAUUUCGUUCAGUGCUACAUCCUUCCAAGGUAGCUUCAUCAGUGCGUCAUAUAGUGGCUUUAAGUAUUGGUCUAGUUUUUGGUUAUUUCUGCUUCGGACCACAAGCCAUACAUAUUGCCGGUCUUCCAGCUGCAUGUUAUGUAGUCAUACGCACACAAAGUCCAAAAGUUGUACAAAGGGGCGUUAUGAUCGUGGCCAUGGCUUAUUUGCUAACCAUACAUUUGUUAAGACAAAUAUAUGAUGAUGGUUCACAUACUUUGGACAUAACUGGUCCACUUAUGAUAAUAACACAAAAAGUUACUAGUUUGGCCUUUAGCAUACAUGAUGGUUUUGUAAGACAAACAAAGGAUCUUACUAAGGCCCAACAAUAUCAUGCUGUUAGUAAACUACCCUCAGCUUUAGAAUACUUUUCAUACGCCUUACAUUUUCAAGGUUUAAUGGCUGGUCCAUUGGUAUUCUACAAAGAUUAUAUUGAUUUUGUUGAGGGUUGUAAUCUACUUAAACCCACAAAUACAAAUGGAAGCGUGGACAAUGGCAAAUCACAAUUGGUGCUAGAACCUUCACCGGUGAAAACGGUGGUGAAAAAAGUUAUCGGCAGCUUUAUAUGCGCCUUUAUCUUUAUGAAAUUCGUUAAAAUGUAUCCCAUAAAGAAUAUGAAAGACGACGACUUUAUUGAGAACACCAGCAUUGCGUAUAAAAUAUGGUAUGCCAUGAUGGCUACCACCUGCACACGUUUUAAGUAUUAUCAUGCCUGGUUAUUGGCCGAUGCCAUAUGCAAUAAUUCAGGCUUAGGGUUUACGGGUUACGAUAAGGAUGGCAAUGCCAACUGGGAUCUCAUUUCUAAUAUUAAUGUUUUAGGUUUUGAAUUUGCUACAAAUAUGCGUGAUGCCAUUAACAAUUGGAAUUGUGGCACAAAUCGUUGGUUACGUACCAUCGUUUAUGAACGUGUCCCCAAGAAAUAUGGCACUAUUUUAACUUUUGCUUUAAGUGCUGUCUGGCAUGGUUUUUAUCCUGGUUACUAUUUAACAUUUGCCACUGGAGCUCUAAUGGUAACCUCAGCUCGUAUGGCUCGCCGUAUGUUCCGUCAUCGUUUCCAACAAACACGCAUGACACGUAUGCUUUAUGACAUUUUGACAUGCCUGACAACUCGUGUUGUUAUGGGUUACGCUACAUUCCCAUUUGUUCUGCUUGAAUUCAUGGGCAGCAUUAGAUUGUACCUGAAAUUUUAUUUGUGCCUUCACAUUGUUGCACUCAUUACCAUUUUUGUUUUACCCAAAUUUAUACGCGGCGAAAGACGUCCACACCCACCACAAUCAUCUUCCAAAACAUCACUGGGUGAUGAACAGGAAAAGCCUCUCAUUUCUAAUAAUUUGAAAAAGGAUGAUGGCGAUGAGGUUAAAAAGUCCGCAAACGAUAAAACAGCUAUUAAGGCAGCUGUAAAUGUAAACACAUCCUACUCAACUACAAAUACAAAUGUAUUACCCGAGGCCGAACAAAGGCAUACGUCUCCCGCACCACCUAAAUUACCUCUUGUAAAUCCCGGACGGGAUGCCGUAAGUGUGCCCCACGAUCAGUGCGAAAUGGAUCAAUUGUCUAGCAAGAUCAUGGAGAAAAUCGAAGCUGAAACUAAGAACAUUGAGGAGUUCAUUGAUAAGACUGUGACGGAAACCGUUACGGGUAUUGUGGAAUUUAAAAAUGAUUUAAUGCGCGAAAUACCCAACGGUUUACGCAAACGUACCUCUUUGGCUACAACCGUUAGUGAUGUAGUAGCUGGUGCCACCGGCAAGCCAUCCGCAGACGAGAGUGCUGCAUUUCUUAAGAAAGAAAUCGAAGUGAUUAAUGCUGUCGUCCAGCAAGCCAACGUUUUGCCAGCUGUUUUAAGCAACGGUCAUGCAAAAUAGCAACUAUAGGCAACAGCAAUCCAACUACUACUACUACAACUAUUACACGUCGUAAUAAUAAAGUUUAUUUAUAAGAAUAGCAUGGAUUUUCUUUGUUUUUCUAAAUGCUCCAACUCCAAUUGUUAUUUGUUAAUCACUCUGAUGAUUACGGAUAAUAAUGACAACCGUUUGAACAAAUGUUGGAUAACAACAUAAAUUUAAUACAAUUUUAUAGUAUGUAAAACAACAACAACAAGAACAAUUUAAAUUUAAAGCAGAUAAAAAGAAGAUCAACUUGACCCCAUACUAAACAAAUGGAAUAAUAAUAAUUAUUAUUACAAAAACAAAAAGUAAACCUCCACCUUUACCAUCCAUAUUAUUUUAUGUAAUGAAUGAAUGAAAUGUAACAAAAUCAUCAUCAGCACUUUAUCAUUUAUCACGAUCAUUUUAUUGUUUGUUAUAACAUCAACUCCUACGCUUUUUUAAUAACCAUUAUUAAGGCACUAUAUUAACAAAAAUUAAGCACAACUACAACAUUUUUUUUUUUUUUGUUCCAAAGCACGCACGCACACAUACAAAAUUUAUAACAAAACACACUCAGUGACACAAAAAUUUAAGAAAAAAAUCUAACAAACGCACACACAACAAGAUUGACAAAAGUCCUUCCAAAAAGCAUUAAAUUUUUACAAGAAAAAAAAUUUUACACUUUACUAUCGUUCCUAUUUUUUUUUAUAUAGCAACAAUCAAAUAAAAAGUCCUCCUAACUUUAUAUCUUCCAAAAAUGUUUUUAAGAAGAAAAUAUGUAAACAAUUUGUUUUUCGCUACUUUUUUUCAUACAAUUUUAUACAAAAUGGACUUUUUGAAACCAAAAAUAAUAAAUUAUGUAAAAUUAAUCAAAAUUAAAUUAACACUUUAUUUAGGUGUUUUUGUAUGUUUGUUUUUUUAAUUGUAACUGACUUGUUUUUAAGUGAAAUGAAUUGAUAUUGAUAUAAUUAAUAAAAUAGAAAAAUAUUCAAAUUGUAAACUAAUUUAAGCAAAAACCCCAACUAUUUAAAGAUUUAAAACAGCUGGCUAACAAAAUUUUUUUCUAAAAACAAUUUGUCUGCUUAAAUUGAAUCUCAUUUUCGAGAUAAUUUUAAAUUCAUAUAAAAUGAAAAUCGAAUAUGGCUAAAAGUUUUAUAAUUUUCUCUUUUUGUAAUGUUAAUUUCAAAUUAAAUACAGUUUUUAAAAAAGUUUAGAGAACUCUUUUGUUAGAAAUCUGUUUUAAAUUAAGUAGUUUUUUAAAAGCAUAGUUGUGUAAUAAUUUAUUUGAAUAAAAAAAGAAACACUAAAGAUUUUAAAACUUUUUUUAAUUUAUUUAACUGAUUAUUUGUAACAUUUUUAAAGAUUUUAAAAUAUUAAACAAAAAAUUCUAUAAACGGUGUUACCAUAUUUUGAUAUAAAAAGUUUAGUUAAAAUUUUCAUCACAUUUUUUGAGUUUUUAAGAAAAAAGUUUUUAAUUAUAAAAAAUCUCAGCCAUUUUUUUUGUUUUUAACUAACUGACGGCUCUGUGCAAUAUAUAUCCCAAGUAUUAUAUGAAUCAGCUAACUUGUGGUCAAUUUCUGUCUAAAUAAAGUCAUAGUUUAUGGGUGAUACAUAUCGCAAGUAGAAUACACAUACAUAUGUGCCGAAACAAUAACAAAUUUUAAACAAUAAAUAUAAAGUUCCACAGAAAUACUUCCCUCUCUAAAUGUUCAAUGAUUUUUCUUUCCAUACAGUAUUUUAAAGUGCAAUAUUUUUAAACAAGAUUUAUUAAAACAAUUUAUUGGAUCGAUUAUGAAUAGCAAUCAAACUUCAGUUGAAUUGUCAGCGCUCAAAGCAACUGACAUAAAUCUUGGUGUUAUGAACGCAAAUUUCGUUAGUUGCCAAAAAAUUUAUUGAUAUUGUGUCAUCUGUAUUAAUUUUGACAGAAUGACAACUCAACCGAGGUUCGAUUGCUAUCAAUAAUUGAGCCAUAAGUUUAUUCCAAAAAACAUCUAAUAGGAUCUUGUAUAUUCCUUUUAUAAUUUUACAAUUUGGUCCUAUUUAGAGAAGAUUUUUGGAAAAAUUAUCGAAAGAUUAAAGAUGUUUUCCCCUAUGGAAUGAACUAAUUAAACACACAACGCUACAGACAAAACAACAAUAACACUUUUCAUAUAUACAACAACAACAACAAAAAACAAACAAACAUACUUAAAUAUAGUUAGAUUUUAUUGUAAAUAAGAAAUUAAACAAACUUAUAUAUUUUUAUAAAAAUAAAUCAAAAACAAAAUGUUAUAUCCUUAUUUUUCCAUGUAUGUGUGCAUAUAAAAACACAAACAAAAAACACUGUUAAUUAUUAUUUCCUAAUUUUACUAAUUUGUUAUUGAAAUUUAAACAAUUGUUUUUGGACGAUUAAUUAUUUAAAGAUGUUUUACAAAAAAAAUCCUUUAAGUCAUAAUUAAAAUGUAAAGUCGGUCCCACCUUAGGCACUUUUUCAGUUUAAAAUUAUAUCUUUAUAUUAUUAUAAAGAUAUAAGAAAAAAAUUAUUGACUUAAUACAAUAUCCGCUAAAUAAUUAAUCGCAAACGAAAGUUAUUUAUAUAAUUGAGCUUUUUACCUCUAUAAUAUGAAUAAUUGCACCUCCCUAUUUGAAAAAAAAGCAACACUCUCCUAAUCACAAAACCUACUAUAAAAUGUUAUUUUUCAUUGCAUAUUUAUUAUUAUUAUUAGAUAACAAGGGAAAUAUUUUUAUUCUAAAAACUAUGAUUUUUUAUUGUGUAUAUAAUAAAUUUGUUCAAAAUUAAAGUUUUUCUAUUUAAUAUUUUAGGUCUUCCAAAAUAUUUUUUUUUAACAAAAUAACUGAGAAUAAUUUUCCCUAUGUUUUCUUACCUCAACAAAAAUCCCCUUGAAAAGAAUUAAAACAUUAAUACCCACCAAAUCCAUUGUAUCGAAAUGUUUAAAAUACAAUACAUAUGUAUAAUUAAUUAAAAAUAUAUUUAAGUUAC